AAAAAUUUUUUUUUUGGCUCAAAAAAGUUAAAAAAAAAUGUUUUUUUUGUUUAUUUUUACAUUUUUUACAUUUUUAUUUUAAAAGUUGAUUUAUUGUAGUUAAUUUUUGAAGUUGCUAUUGGUUUUCGGUUCUUAAACGUUUUUUUAGUUUAAGAAAAUAUUUUAAAAAAGAUUUUUGAAAGCUCUUUUUUCAAAUUUUUUUCUAUUUCUUUGGUUUUUUUUUGAUUUUUAAAAUAUUAUUUGAAAAGAAUUUCCAAAGGUUGUUUUUCAAAAUUACAAAAAAAAAUUUUUUUUGGUUUUUUUAAAAAAUUUUUUGUCGGUUUCUGCGUUUUUUUUGUUAAAAAAAUUUAAAAACCGUUAACCGUUAAAAAAAAAUAUUUUAAAAAUUUUUUGGAAAAGUUUUCUUUUGAUUUUUUUUUGUUCAAUUUUCUGUUUUCUGUGGUUUUUUUUGUUUAAAAAAAUUUAAAAACUGUUCAAGCAGUAUUUUUGGAGAUUUUUUUUUUCAAUUUUUCCGGUUUCUGUGGGUUUUUUGGUUAAGAAAGUGAAAAAUAUUUUUGGAAGUAUUUUUGGAAGCAAUUUUCAUACAAAAAUCAUUGGUUCCAGCUGAAAAUGACAUUUUAAAAAUUGAUUUUUCGAGCAAAUUUUUGAUUUUUCCUAUAUUUUUUCCUGUAUUUUCUGAAUUUAUCGAUUUUCCAUGAACCUUCUAUAUUCUCAUCAUCAUCCAGAACUCCAAAAUCGUCUUCAUCAGGCCCUCGGUGAUCCACAAUUUCCUGAAAAACUAGAAAAUAAAAAAAAAAGUUUAAAUUUAUUUUUUUGAAACUAACAUCAUAUUGGCUACCCUCCGGCGGUAAUAAUAUCAUUUGUGCGGUGCCUUGCUGCAUCUGAAAAUUUAAAAAAAAUCGAUUUUAUUCGGAAAUCAAUUCAAAUUCUGCAAAUUUUCGAACCAUCGGCUGUAGAACUGUCAUCUGUGUGCUCGAAUCUUGUUGCGAAGUUUCAUCGAUUUCAAUUGCAAUCGAAUCGGCAACCAUUUUCCGGAAACGCUUCUCAUCCUCCAGGUUUCGCUUGAAUUCUACGAUCUGAAAGCAAAAAAAAAAUUAAAUUUCGUGGAAAACUCCAGUUUUAAGUUAUUUUUAAACUUACAGCCACAUCCGAAUGAUUCUGAGCGAAAUGAUCCAUUAAACUAAUCGCACUGAGUGCCGGAAAAUCACAAUAUGCACAUUUAAACGGAAAAGCUUGCAAAUGCCGGCUCCAAAUGUGACUUUCCAAGUGCUCCAUAGUUUCUAAAAAAGAAAAAAUUGUGUAAAAAUCGAUAUUUCUGGCACUUACGCUCUUCGACAGUGCAUUCACAGCAUCGGAAUACGAUUGGAUAUCCUAUCAUUUGAUUAUUCAAGCGAAAAAUUCGAGAAAAAUUGAUUUUUUAAAUAGUAAACGUUAGUAUUAAUCAGCGAGAAUUAAAUAAAAAUAUAAAUGGCCUAGAAUCCGACACCUCGUCCCCUCGUCCCCGGGCCGGCGCAGAGCAAUCGAGCAACAACGUGUACUUUACACUUGCUCUUUCCCCACUUUAAACAUUUGAGAAGAAGAAGAAAUAAUUUAUAUUAAUACGGGGAUAAAUAUCCCCUAAUGUCGUGGAAGUUUCUAAUCGCCAGCAUCACUGUGCACCUCGUCCUUAUUUAUUCAAUUUUCGAUGUCUACUACACAAGCCCCCUGGUUCAUGGGAUUCCUCCACAAUUUAUAAAUAGUCAGGAGGCUCCUGCAAAACGGAUUUUUAUAAUUUCAGCAGACGGCUUACGAUAUGACACAUUUAAUAAAUAUCCCGACAAAUCUCCAUAUUUACAUUCAAUUAUGAAUGAGAGAAAGGGAAUCUAUGGACUAUCCCGUUCUCAUAUCCCAACGGAAUCCCGGCCGGGCCACGUGGCAAUAUUCGCUGGAAUUACUGAAGAUAUAAGUGCAGUUGCAAAAGGAUGGAAAAAGAAUCCAGUUCAAUUCGAUAGUGUAUUCAAUAGAUCGUCGUAUAGUUGGAUGUGGGGAAGUCCGGAUAUUGUGAACCUUUUCGAUGAUCUUCCCAACGCUGAAUCAUUCUCAUAUUCUGCAGACGAGGAGGAUUUCGCGUCGAAAGAUGCUUCUAAUUUGGAUAAAUGGGUUUUUGAGCAUUUUGAGAACUUCCUGGAAACUGCGAAAACCGAUGAAGCAUUGAACGAUAAAAUGCGGGAACAGAAAAGCAUAUUUUUCUUGCAUUUACUCGGAAUCGACACGAAUGGGCAUGGGAAUAAGCCAAUGUCGAGGCAAUAUAUUGAUAAUAUCAAAGUAGUCGACUCGGGAAUCGAGAAAGUUCAACACCUCGUCGACGCGUUCUUCGGAGAUCACAAGACCGCGUGGCUUUUCACUUCAGAUCACGGAAUGACUGAUUGGGGAUCGCAUGGAGCUGGAAGUGAUGAUGAAGUGCUCACUCCAUUUGUUGCAUGGGGUGCCGGAGUAAAGCAGGGUGGUCCAAAACUUGAUCUUAAUCAAAUCGAUUUGGCUCCACUGAUUUCGGCGUUAAUUGGAUGUCCGAUUCCUGUGAAUUCAAUGGGUAUUCUUCCAGUUCAAAUGAUGAAUUCAAAGGGCUCUAGUUAUGAGUUUAAGGCGAUUGAAGCAAAUUUCAAACAGCUCAAAGAACAAAUAAUCUUUCUAAAAAACGCGAAAUCCCGUCGUUUAUGGUUUCGUCAAUUCGAAAAAUUCGGCGAUAAAGCUAUGGAAUCUCUUCGUACAACAUUGGCUCAACUUGGAAGAGAUCGAAGAUUUUCAGUUGCCACGUCAUUAUUUGCAGAUAAUGCUCAUUUAAUGAAAGAAGCUAUCGUUUUUUAUCAUCGAUAUGAUCGUCAGAUGCUUGGAGCAGCGGUUAGCUGCAGUUUUGUUGCGUGGAUUGCUCUAGUUGUCUCGUUUCUUCAUAACUCAACAUCAAAAGAAAAUCUGUCACUUCUCGUGCCUCAUCACCUAUUCAUCAUUCCCCUCGCCUGCUCCCUGCUCUUCACAGCCUAUUGCUCAUUGAGCAUGACACAAACCAUUUAUAUAAUCCUCCCAAUCUAUCUGAUCUCAAUACUGGAAAAUCAUUCAAAAUUGACACAACGAAUCAGGGAACACGUAAAAGCUUUGAGUGCACAACCGGAUUGGCUCAACAAAGUUCUAUCGGUGGAGGUUUUUGUGAAGCCGUUUUUGGGAUUUGUAGGGUUUUCAAUUACAAUAUGCAUAUUUGUUCUAACAUUUAUGGAUCGAGCAUUUCUUGCGGCAGUUUUCGUUUUGCUGAUGGCUUUACCGCAGUUUUAUUCGCACCCGAUUGUUUCAUAUUGGUCCAAAACCUGGCUAACCUUGUGCCUCGUUCUCUGCAUCUUUCCAUUCCUUCCGGCAGUCGGUGUCUCUACUCACAUCCCACUUUGCAUAUUAUCUCCAAUUAUCACUGCAUUCCUAUGCCACCGACUGUCUCGUCGUUCCUGCUUGACAAGGAUCCAACGGAUGCUUGAACUGAUGAUCUACGUGCAAUCAGCCACAGCUUUUAUGAUUGCUGUAGUGAAUUAUGGAUUUGAAAAGCCACCGUCAAUUGCUCGAUGGAUCUCCUGGACCUCAAUCCCACUUUCUGUGAUUGCUCCGUCGUUGCUCACGGGUCCAUAUCUUGUGGAUCGUCUAAUUGCAUACGCCUUAUGCUUUUAUGUCCCAUACUCCCUGCUUUCAAUAUCUUACGAAUCCCUCUUCAUGCUCAUCUUCCUCGUUCUCCUAACUCUAUUCGUUCGCUUCGAAUUCGGACAUCUCUCUGACGUUGAGCUCUUGCAGCUGAAAGUUGAUUCAACGAAAAUUUCAACCGGAGAAUACGUGGAGCUUCGCCGAACGGUCGUCUGCGUCUCCUUCGUCCUGUGCCCUCUCUUCGGCACCGGAAACUUUGCAUCAAUCAAUUCAUUCAAUCCAUCCACUUUGAAUCUGUUCAUUUCGGUGUUCAGCCCAUUUACAAUGGCUAUUCUGUUGAUCUUAAAACUUCUUAUUCCGAUUCUUCUCGUCACAUCGGCUUUUGCUUCCAUAGUUCGAUUUGAUCAAGAAUCCAUUCAAAGACUCUGUUGUUUUUCGUUGAUAUUCACUGAUUUUAUGUCGAUGUGUUUCUUCCACCAACUUCGAGAUGAGGGUAGCUGGUUGGAUAUUGGUAUGAGCAUUUCUCAAUUCAUCGUUUCAAUGUGCAUUUCUCUUGCUCUUCUGCUACUUCUCUCGAUUUCCAGUCAUCUUAUGGCAUUUGAAUUCCGAAAAUUUCCUGGAAAAAGAAAUCACCAGGAAAUCGAAUCGAUCUCUUCCCGGAAGUUAUCCGACGACGAAUCUGCUUAAAUAAUUUUUUUCAGAUUUUUAAUUGUUAUUUUUCAAUUCGUGAUGCCAUUUUCAAUCGUGUGAUAGAUACUAUUCCGUGGUGCUUUAAUUUAUCUUUCAAAAACUUUUUCGAAUAUCAGAAAGAAUUAAAAUAAAUAUCAUCAUAAAGCUUAA